GCCGGCCAUGGGCUCCCGCCGCCGCGGGCAGCCGCCGCCGCCGGCCCCGCGCCGCUCCUCAGCCUCCGUAUGAAGGAGAGACGCCGCUAACCGGGCAGCGCCCCGCUCGCUGCGGCGCGGCGGCCCCGGCCACCAUGGGGGCUGCCGUGCUGGCCGCCGUCCUCCCGCUGCUCGUGUUCCUUGGCACCGCUGACGCUCAGCCCAAGCUGACCUCGGAGCAGAACGCUGUGAGCCUCCCUGCUGGCAAGUACCUCCACCUCGACCGUGCCACCAACCAGGAGCUGAUCUGCGACAAAUGCCCCGCGGGAACCUACGUGUCCAAGCACUGCACGAAGAGUACCUUAAGAGAGUGCAGCCCUUGUCCGGACGGGACCUUUACUAAGCACGAGAACGGCAUAGAGCGAUGCCACCCGUGCAGAAAACCCUGUGAACUGCCAAUGAUUGAGAAAACUCAUUGCACUGCCUUGACCGACCGUGAGUGCACUUGCCUGUCGGGUACGUUUCAGAUUAACGAUACCUGCGUCCCUUACACCGUGUGCCCGGUCGGCUGGGGCGUCCGCAAGAAAGGAACCGAGACAGAAGACGUGAGGUGCAAGCCCUGCCCUCGGGGUACUUUUUCUGAUGUGCCUUCUAGUGUGAUGAAGUGCAAAACCUACACUGACUGCUUUGGGAAAAACAUGGUGGUCGUAAAGCCAGGGACGAAGGAAAGCGACAACGUCUGUGGCUCUCCAGCAUCUCUUCCAAACACAUCUUUGACUUCGUCGAAUGCAGAAGCGGAUGGAGAGACCUACGAAGCUCCACCGACCGCUUACCUUCCCAAAGGUCUGAACUCUUCAGUUUUUGAUCUCACCUCCUCUCCGGUGCCGCGUGUGUCCAAUGGCACAGCAGAGCCAGUAGUUGACUACAAUGACACCUCGGCCAACGGCACGGUUGGUGCCCCUGGGAGCCUCUCCAGCGCCGGCACCGCUGGCCAGGCACAGAGCUACCGGCACAAGCACACCAGCCAAGCGAUGGGCAAGCAGCCGGCGCAGGAGAUGGCCGGGGGUGAGAAGUCCAGCAUCCCCUACAGGCCGCCCCGGAGAGGGCCGCCCAGCGUCCACCAGCACUUCGAUAUCAAUGAACACUUGCCCUGGAUGAUCGUCCUCUUCCUGCUGCUGGUCCUGGUGGUCAUCGUUGUCUGCAGCGUCAGGAAGAGCUCACGGACUCUGAAGAAGGGACCGAGGCAAGAUCCCAGUGCCAUUGUGGAGAAAGCUAUUAUGAAAAAAUCCACCACCCCCACGCAGAACAGGGAGAAAUGGAUCUACUACUGCAACGGGCAUGGCAUCGACAUCCUGAAGCUGGUGGCGGCCCAGGUGGGGAGCCAGUGGAAGGACAUCUACCAGUUCCUGUGCAACGCCAGCGAGCGCGAGGUGGCCGCCUUCUCCAACGGCUACGCGGCCGACCACGAGCGGGCCUACGCUGCGCUGCAGCACUGGACCAUCCGCGGGCCCGAGGCCAGCCUGGCGCAGCUCAUCAGCGCGCUCCGGCAGCACCGCCGCAACGACGUGGUGGAGAAGAUCCGCGGCCUGAUGGAGGACACCACGGCGCUGGAAGGUGACAAACUGGCACUGCCUGUGAGCCCCAGCCCGCUCAGCCCGGUGCCCACCCCCAGCACUAAACCACCCGAUGCGGCUGUCCUCACCGUGGAGCCCUCUCCUUCAGAGAAGAAAUGCUUCUUUGUGGACGAGUCAGAGCCCCUCCUGCGAUGCGACUCCACCUCCAGCGGCUCCUCUGCGCUCAGCCGGACCGGCUCCUUUAUUACCAAAGAAAAGAAGGACACAGUCUUGCGCCAGGUGCGCUUGGACCCUUGUGACCUGCAGCCCAUCUUCGAUGACAUGCUGCACAUCCUGAACCCCGAGGAGCUCCAUGUGAUCGAGGAGAUCCCGCAGGCGGAGGACAAGCUGGACAGGCUGUUUGAGAUCGCCGGAGUCAAGAGCCAGGAAGCCAGCCAAACCCUCCUGGACUCUGUCUAUAGCCACCUCCCUGACUUACUGUAGGCACUGGUCACCGCGCACUCUCCGAAUAUCUGCUAGAACUAGCUUGGCACUCGUUAAGAUGACCGACAGCGCGCAGGCAGGUCUGCUGUAGAAUUCAUGGCCAGUAUUUUCUUUGAGGUGUCCCUGGUUUCUGGAGGGGGCAGUUUGUGAGCAUUGCACCUCUCAACCUUAACUCUGUUGCUCAGUUAAGUCUUUGCACCCUUUGCCCCCUUUAGAGUCUUUUGUUCCCAUUCCAAUCAGAUCAGCUGAUGCACUUUAAAAUGCAGUAAGUGAACUAAAAGACCACGAAUGCCGUGUCACCUAUAGGCAUUGAGUCUGGGGGUGCUCUGUAGCCCGUUUCAGUUCUGUCAAAGCUGUUGCUCCAAAUGAUCGUCGUCUGCUACCUCCCUUCCACCUGGGAGUGGGAAACGGUGAAACACACAAAGCCAAUUGUUGCUGGUUACCUUAACGCACCUCAGCUUCCUCCCUGGUUGACUUUUUUUAAUGUCCUAUCAUAUAGCUCAUGCUCAUUGCUGAGAUUUUACUAGCACGAUUAUUUAUUGUAUGGUUUUCACCUGGACAACGCAUUGUGCUCCUAUAAGCUAAAGCAGAAGCAGAUGAAUGGAAAGAAGAGGUUCAGUUCCACCAACCUUCCUGACAGUACAACCAAGCGAGGAGCAUCUGCCUGGCCAAGAGGACAGCGGGUCGUGGCAGCACCAGGUCUGGGACCUGGGGACCCCGCUGGUGGUUCUGCUCUCCGUGUGCCGUAAGACUUCCCAAGCUAUGCUUUUACACUUGUGUCUCUUGUUUUUUAUACAGACAUGGCCGAUAGGUUAGGUUCUCCAAAGACCCUGCCUGGUCUUGGAUAGUCUCUUCAAAUCACACUUCACUUUUUAUUAAAGAGAAAAGAAGGGGGAAAAAAUAAAAGUAAAAAAAAAAAAAAAAAAAAAAAGCUGCAUCGUAAGAAGUCUGUCUGAUUAUAUUUGCAACUAUUAUGCUCCCGUAAUGAACAGUCUGUACUAUGCUCCAAUUGACAAAAUGAUAUUAGGGUGGCAUGUGCUGCCUUGUGGGAAGGGGUGGGUGUGGGGAAAAGGGGAAUGAACUGAAAAAUUGCCUUCCAGUGUACUAAUUUAUUAAUAAAUACUAGGUGUUUGUUACUUGA